UAGAAAUAGGAUUAGAAUUAAUAAUCCUUAUCCCAAUAAAAGAAAGAAACCCUAAAAUUAGAGAGUGGUAGUUAACCAAAAAAUCCGUACAACCAAAAAACGAAAAAUCCCCAAAUUUAAAACCCUAAAAAUUUCAUUUCAUGAAAUCAAUCCCCACAAAAUCUUUAAUCUCUCUCUCUCUCUCUCUCUCUCUUUCUCCCGUGUCUUCUUCAACCAUCAAUCAUGAGUUUGAAUUGCCUCUCCUGUCAAAUCUUACAGAGAACGGAUUCCGAGAGACACCGUGACCGGCAGGUCCAAACUUACUAUACCUCCGAUGAGUUCAAUUCCUCGGAGAGAAGCUGGUCGGGGAACCUCUGUCUCCGUCCAAACAGAGGAGGAGGAGGAGGAGGAGGAGGAGGAGGAGGAGGAAGAGGGUUUCGGGGCAUGGCGGACAACAAGGUGGCUCCGAUCGGUCACCGCCGUGCCGUAUCGUUCGGGGGGAAGGAGCCGAGAUUGAUUAGAAGCUCAGGGAUGAGGAGGGAUUGGAGCUUUGAGGAUCUCAGAGCUAUUCGUGAGGAAAAGCAACCUUCUCCCAAUUCCUAACUUUCAAUUAACCUUUUCUUUUAUUUCUUCUUUUCAUUUUAUUUAAUCUUUAUUUGAACAUGAAUAUAUAUAUUAAUAUAUAUUAAUAUAUAUAUACGUAUAUAUAUAUAUAUACAUAUAUAUACAUAUAAAUAUUUAUAAAGUAUAUAGUAGAAAUGGGGAUUCUUUUCAA